AUGAGUAGACCUGGAGCAUCUACUGCUUCAAAAGAUGAAAUUAAACCAGCUCAAGUCUACGAGCUCAAGCUAAAGACUCAGCAGAUUCAACAGCAAACAAGACAAAUGCGUACUCAAUUAUCCCGCGCUCAAGAUAAAAUCGUUGCACAGACAAAUGCAAUCAAUAAAACGUUCGAACAGAAUUCAGACUCAUCUAAUGUCGUAUCGAAUCAUGCAAACACAGUUCCGCAGCUUCAACGUUCUGUAGAGAGUGCGCAAAAUACACUUGACGAGCUCAAAAAGGAAAUUGAGCAAGCAAAGAAGGAUGAUAAGACUUUUGUUGUUCGUGAACUCCAGGAAGAAGACAAAAUUAUUUACUGCGAAUAUACAAGAUUGAAUCAAUUAAUCGAAGAAGGCAACAGUCAAGCACAAAUGCUUAGCAACGCAAGAGAAAAUGCAGAAUACAGAUGCUCACAGAAGAAUUUCCAGAACUUACGCGCUCAAAUCGGAGAACUUCAAGAUUCAAUUAAUUCACUUCGUGAUAAAACAAACGCAUACAAAUCUAAAACAGCUAAAAUCGAAGCUGGUAUUCGUUUCAAUGAUGAAACUGCACAGAAGAAGUCUGUUAAUCAAAUUAAGAAAGAAUACAACGAAAAGAUGCAAAAGAUUAAUGAGGAUAUUGAGAAUUUAGAUAAGCAACUUGGUACAGAAAAGGAGGAUCACAGUAAGCAAGUUGCUGAACUUCAAGAAAUUAUUGAUCAAAUGCGUCAAAAAAUUGUUAAUAAAUUACAAAAUCCUGAUAAUGGCGAAGAAGAGGAGAAAGGAGAAAAGCAAAAUCAGGAGGAAGAAGAAAAGAAGGAACAGUAA